CUUGAUCCGCCAGACACCUUGUAUCGAUGGGUUUCUCGGUACAAGGAUUUUUCCCAAGCUGACCUCCCUUGAUCCGCCGAACCAGAUGUAGCCGAAACGUGGAUCUCUCGUGGAUCCACCAAACCAGACGCGUAUCUCAAAUCCUGAGGUCCGCCGAAUGAGGGUACCACCAAACUAACGUCCAUCGCCUCGGAUGUGUCGAACCAGGCUCUGAUACCACUUGUCGAAACGGAGUGCUCAAUUAGUACGAUAUUGUCCUCUUUGGGCCAAGCCCGCACGGAUUUACUUUUGGGUCUCCUCCCCAAAAGGCCUCGUACUAAUUGGGAUUGGUGGACACUAAUAUACAAGGGUUCCUUCCCUUGUACAAUCGUGGACAUCAGUUUGGUGGACCCUCAAGAUUUGAGAUCUGCGUUUGGUUUGGUGGAUCCAGGAGAGAUCCAUGUUUGGGCUUGGCAGAUCAAAAAGAGUUUUGCAUUUGGGAAGCAAAUCAAAGAGAGUUCUGCGUCUGGUAAAGUUCUUGUGUCGAGAAGCCCAUCGAUACAAGGCGUCUGGCGGAUCAAGAUAAGUGAGGACACGAAGUUCGUGGUCCUUGUCUUGAGGGAAGGAUUGUUAUGGGACAAUCCAAGUACACAUUGGAAAUAUAAGGGAAGGGACCCUUGUAUAUUAGUGUCCACCUAGCCCAAUUAGUACGAGGCCUUUUGGGGAGGACACCCAAAAGUAAAACUGUGCGGGCUUGGCCCAAAGAGGACAAUAUCGUGCUAAUGGGGAAACCCGAUUCUGACAAGUGGUAUCAGAGCCUGGUUCGGCGGAUCCGAGGCGGCGGACGUCAGCUUGGUGGACCCUCGAGAUUAUAGAUCUGCAUCUGGUUUGGUGGAUUAGGGAGAGAUCCACGUUUGGGCUUGGCGAUCAAGUACGAGGACAAUCCAAGUACCACAUCAGUAAUACAAGGGAAGGAACCCUUGUAUAUUAGUGUCCACCAAGCUCAUUAGUACGGGGCCUUUUGCGGAGGACACCCAAGAGUAAAAUCAUGCAGGCUUGGCCCAAAGCGGACAAUAUUGUACUAAUUGAGCUCUCCGGUUACGACAAGUGGUAUCAAAGCCUGGUUUGGCAGAUCCGGGGUGGUAGACGUCAGUUCAGUGGACCCUCGUUCGGUGACCUCGGGAUUUGAGAUCUGCGUCUGGUUUGGUGGAUCCAGGAGAGAUCCAGGUUUGGGCUUGGCGGAUCCGCGUGUGUCUGGCGGAUCAAGAGAGAUUAGCGUUUGACUUGGCAGAAUAAAGAGAAUUAUGCGUCUGGGAAAAUCCUUGUACCGAGAAGCCCAUCGAUACAAGGUGUUUGGCGAAUCAAGAUAAUAGCUAAGAAGAUGACACAAAGUUCGUGGUCCUUAUCUUGAGGGGAGGAUUGUUAUGAGACAAUCCAAGUACCACAUCGGUAAUACAUGGGAAGGAACCGUUGUAUAUUAGUGUCCACCUAGCCCAAUUAGUACGAGGUCAUUUGGGGAAGAUACCCAAGAGUAAAACACAUGUGGACUUGGCCCAAAGCGGAAAAUAUCAUACUAAUUGAGCACCACAGUUUGACAAGUGGUAUUAGAGCCUUAUUCGACAUAUCCAGGACGAUGGACGUCAGUUUGGUGGGACUUUCAUUCGGUGGACCUCGAGAUUUGAGAUCUGUGUCUGGUUUGGUGGAUCCAUGAGAGAUUCACGUUUGGGCUACAUCUGGUUUGGCGGAUCAAGGGAGGUCCGCGUGGGAAAAAUCCUUGUACCGAGAAGCCCAUCGAUAGAAGGUGUCUGGCGGAUCAAGAUAAUCGAUAAGGUGAGGACAUGAUGUUCGUGGUCCUCGAGUUUAGGGGAGGAUUGUUAUGCAACAAUCCAAGUACCACAUCGGUUGUACAAGGGAAUGAACCCUUGUAUAUUAGUGUCCACCAAGCCCAAUUAGUACGAGGCCUUUUGGGGAGGACACCCAGAAGUAAAUCCGUGCAGACUUGGCCCAAAGCGGACAAUAUCGUACUAAUUGAGCCCCCCGGUUCGACAUUUGUCGUAUUUGUUUUGUUGUUUGUUUAUUUUGUUAUCCAACUUUGUACGUCAUGGGUUGUUGAGCUUGUGCUUUGUAGCACCAUUCUAUGCGAAAGAAGACCCUUUGAUUCUGAAAUCAAGAGGACCCUUGAGAAUCUAAGAAGAUUUGCAAUACCUCAACCUCCACCAAUGGCGGAACAUCAAGCUCAAGUACCACCGAGGCCAAGGACCAUGGGUUCUUACUCUAGGCCUAGUGUGGACAAUGUUAAAUCACCUAUUCUUCAUCCGACAUUGCCCAACAAUGAUUAUGAGAUAAAGUCGAGCACAAUUUCGAUGCUUCAAAGUGCGGUUCAAUUCAAUAGGAUGGUGAGUGAAGAUGCACAUGCGCAUGUCAAAUCAUUUUACGAGUUGACAGACGGAACCAAGGUGAACGGGGUCCCUCAAGAGGCUAUCCGACUAAGGUUAUUCCCAUUUACCUUGAAUAGAGCGGCAAAGAAGUGAUUGAAUAAUCAACCACAUAAGUCUAUCACCUCAUUGGAUUAUCUAUGCAACAAGUUGUUUGCAAGGUACAUUCCACCUUCUAAGACGGUUUUGAUGAGAAGUGAGAUUACCAUGUUCUGUUAAGAGGAAGAUGAACCAUUGUUUGAAACAUGGGAAAGAUUCAAAUCCCUUCUACUCAAGUGUCAUCAUCAUGGCAUAGCUGAUUGGUUACAAGUUGAAAGUUUCUACAAUGGGUUAACGAAGGAAUCACAAAGCCUCAUCAAUACAGCUAGUGGAGGUGCCAUUCGGAACAAAGAAGUCGGAGAACUUCAACAACUAAUCGAAGAGAUGGCCCUCAAUAGUUACGAUUGGGGUGAUGAAAGAUGGGGUAAGAGCAUAUAAAAGGGAAGUUUAUUGAAGAUAGAAGAACCAUCAUCUCUAUCGGCCCAUAUUCAAGAACUUUCCAAGAAGAUCGAUCAAGUUGCAUCAUCAAUGAAAGGCAACGGGAAGCAACUUAUGAAGUGUGAUUGGUGUGCUGACUCAAGUCAUAUCAUGGAAGAAUGCAAGUCGAUGAUUGAAGCCUCUAUUCAAUUCGAGUAAGCCAACUUUGUUGGAGGUCAAUCCCGAGGAAACAACCUUUAUAGCUCGACUUAUAAUCUGGGAUGGAAGAGUCACCCAAAUUUCCUUUGGUCUUCUUCGAAGAAAAGGAAACCUCCGGGGUUUCAAUCUCAAGCUCCAAUGCAAAAUAAAUACACGAGACCAAGUCAACCAACAUACCAAGGGACAUUUCAAGAACAAAAAUGACCCUUCGAUGGUCGACUUGCUAAGUUUGAAAACUUGGUGGGGAAAUUUGUCACACAUUCUAACAAGAAGUUCGAAGCUAUUGAUAAGUUCAUAGAAAAUAUAGAAACCAAAUUCUCGAGUUUGGAAGCGGGGCAAAAAAAUCAACAAGCUCCACUUGAAACCCAACUAAGUUCAUUUGCUCAGACUAUCACAUUGAGACCUCAAGGAGCUCUACCAGGAAAUACCGAGCCUAACCCAAAAGAAGGAUGCCAUACGGUAACUCUAAAAAGUGGUCGGCCAUUGAAGGAGAUUCCCACGCCAACUCCAAGGAUCCCGGUAAGAGAAGUUCCUCAAGAGGUUGUUUAUGAAAAUGAGUUAGCUCGGGAGGAAGUUCAACCUUCCGUUGAUGUCAAUGUUGAAGAUGAGGAAAAGUCUAAGGAGACUCAUGAGCCUGAGCCAACACCAAUGUUUCUUUAUGAUGAUGUUCUAGAUGACCAUCUCCUUUAUCUGAGAUGGCUUUCCAAUUUGGUAAGUUAGUUUUGUAUUGGUAGGAGAACAUGUUCAGAAACCAAAGCUAAAAUGAGUGGGGCUGUGUUAAUACCUGGUUGUGUGUACUCUGCAAGGUGGAGAAUGAAUCUAGAGACCAUCUGUUUAGUUGUUGUGCUUUCAGGACUUCCCUUUCCAGUUUCUAAUCGGUAUGGCUUCUUUAAGCUUCAAAUUUGUAUUUUCUUCUAUAAUUCUAUUACAAUUAUCUUUGUGACAUAUUCAGGUUUGUUCCAUUUUAGUUCUAGAUUGUAGCAGAAUUUUCUUGCUAGGUGUUGAGUUACUUUUCGUUCAUGGACAUUUGUUAACGGUGUUUAUGACAAUGAUUGAUUCAUAUGCAUUUCUAACUGGUCAUAUGGAUUUAUUAUGCUUAGAAUCGGUAGGUUAUCCUUUACAGCUCUAGGUGUCUUAGUUUUGUGUUAUUCUACUGGUGAUUGAUGGUUAUUCUAGUGGUAACGUUGCUCUCCAAAAGAUCGAUGGUUUUCGUUGUUUUUCUAAUCCAUUAAUGAGAUUUUUUUUUGUUACAAGGGGUAUCCGUGGGUGCCCAUUAUCCAUCCCGUACGGGUGUUGGAUAUAUGUUUACUCGUAUGGGUUUGAGACAUGAGAUGGAGUAUCUUCUUCAAAUGGGAUUGGGUACCCGUUUCAAACGCGGCGGGUACCUAGUUCCGUCCCGUUGCCCACCCUAACUUCAGUUUAAUAGAGAAUAUAAAUCCUCGAUCCGUUCCUCUUUCGGUUUUGCUGCAUUGUGUUUUUAUUUUUUUCUGCUCAUUUCUAGAUUUUCCCAUAUAUAAAUUGUACAAUUAUUCAAUGAAAAAAAAACUGUAUAAUUGUCAAUGCAGAAGAAACAUCUAUAACCCAAUUAUGUGUAUUGAAUUAGUUUCUGGAAUUUAUUUCAAUAAUGUAUUUACACAAAAGAUAUUCUCCAAGCUUACAUUUCUGUCUCCUUUAUUUGAAUUACAUCAGCCGCAAGCUUAAACAGAAAGAAUGGUUUCACACUAGGCCUAAUCUUUUAACACAAGUAAUUAGAAGUUGCAUAGUUAGCGCAACCUGGUUGUUUGACAUCCUUAUUAUCAUGUUCAUCUUACAAAAUUUUAUCUUAUAAGAAAAUUAUUGGAUUCAUGGUUGAUUUCCUAAACGAGAUAGAUAGAAAAGAUUGUCAUCACUGAGACCAAUUGGGUGUUAGUGAUAUCCACAAUGCUUACGUCUUUAGUUUGAUGGUUGGUAGGGAAGAUAAACUAAGAGAGGAAACACAAGAUAUAAAAUAGUAACACCUAAAAAUUCAUUGAGUCACAUAACAUAAUUUCUAGAACUUUUCCUUAGUCAAAUUCCAUGGUUAGAGUGACAACAAAGUAAGAGUGGUUGACUAUGAUUUUGAGUGGUUACUAUGUCAUCCGGCCAAUUGGCCGUGCUCAAAGCUAGUACUUAGUCUACACAUCUAUAUAAGGGAAUGUCAAACAAAAAUUCUUGCCACAUCAGCCGGUGCUGUUUAUACCGCAUAGUUUGGAAGGAGUCAUUCGUCAAUUCAUCAUUGCCUUUUUCCAAAAGGCUCGGUGCUAUUACUAUUUCUUAAUGUUGUCAGGACCGAAUUGGAGCAUUACCCGGUAAUGGAAACGGCUCGCACUUUAGUGGUCCAACCGACAUUAGACCGUUUAAAAAUCGUUAGAGAACCGGUACCUAAUAAACGUUAUCAGUAUAA